ACUGAACUGUCGAAGGUAUCCGAAAAUUCAGCAUGGCAAUCGUUCGUUAUGGGAACGUACUGGGCUUCUGCGAAACUUGUCAUCUUAUUUGCUAUACUAUGCUAUCUAAUCAGCGGUUAUCAGUUGUCUGCUGAACGCAUUUUUGUCGCUGUAAGCUUCUUUUUUCAAUUAGAUACAUUUUGGACAAUACUGAUAUCGUACUUCGAUCAGGCAGCGCUAUACAAUUCAUCACGGUUGCCCAUUGCUUUGUUUCUGCCAUUCGCUUUUCAAAGCAUUUUUGAAUGCCGUGUUUCACUGUCGCGUCUGCAAAAAUUCCUGGAAUUAGAAGAAUAUGACGAAAGCGAUACGACAGACAAGAUUAUUGCUGAUGGCAUUGCCAAUGAUGAAACUCACAAUGAAAAGGUGCCGCUACUCAAAGUGAAGUCAGAAAGCUCGGUUUCCUCCAUUUCAGACGAUGAAAAGCCACUUGUGGAAUUAAUCAACUAUUCAUCCACAUGGAAUGCCCAGAAUGCAGCGCAUGAGGAUGCAACUGUCCUUCGAAAUAUUUCAUUAUCUGUCCGAAGGGGUCAGCUAGUGGUCAUUGCCGGAGCUGUUGGAAGCGGGAAGUCAUCACUGCUGCUUUCAAUUCUACGUGAAACACAGCGAACCUGGGGUAGUCUUCGGACUAGAGGUCGCGUAGCAUACACUUCCCAGGAAGCAUGGAUUUUCCCAGGCACAAUACGUGAUAAUAUUCUUUUUGGAAACCCUUAUGUGAAAAGUCGCUAUGAAAAGGCAGUGGAAAUUUGCGCCUUGAAACAGGAUUUCUCGCAAUGUAUAAGGAAACACCUGAGAUCGAAAGCGACCAUACUGGUAACACACCAGGUACAACAUCUCCAAAGUGCCGAUUUGGUAAUACUUAUGCGUGGAGGUGAAAUCGUUGCUUCAGGAGACUUGGAGGAGCUCAAACAAACGCAAAUUUACAACGAAAUCAUUCAGGAGACCGAAAAGUCGUACAAUAUGCAACGAACAGAAUCUGAAGGUGGUGCAAACGUACGUUCGAUAAAAUUCUCGAUUUCGGAGGAAACCGAUAACGUGUAUUCAAAAAAUGAUUCUUUGAAUGAUUUGACGCAUUCUCGCCUAAGCUUACCAAGUCCUUCAAUAUCUGCUGGAAGUUAUUCACCAAUCGCAGGAAAACAGGAAGAGGAGUUACCGUAUGUUGAAGAAGAUCGCGCACAGGGAGCUGUUCCGUGGCGAGUUUAUUUUUUGUAUAUCAGAGCGAUGGCGCAUCCGUGGAUCCUUGCCUUACUGAUGAUUUUGACGAAUGCUGCUGAAUUGGCCACGAAGCAGUAUAAUGAGAAGGCCGAACGAAAUGCGGUUCAUGAGGAAUACGUUGACCACCUGCAGCUCGGUCCUUUCACAUUCAGAGAAACUCUUACGGAUUAUCGAAAUGUUUUUAUUGCAAUGGUCUGCACAUUGGUUGUUGCAUCCAUUAUCAGAGCGUUUUGGUUCCGACUUACUCAAGUGACAGCUUCUCGUGUGCUUCAUGACAUGAUGUUCCAGCGAGUUGUUGGCACUCGAAUUAUUUUCUUCGAUAAAAAUCCAAUAGGUCGUAUCUUGAAUCGUUUCUCGAAGGAUAUUGGAACUUUGGAUGACCAACUUUCUUUUUCAUUUUUCGAUUUCGCAAUGGGUAUGCUAACAUUUUUUGGCUAUUUUAUAGUUAUUAUAGUCAUUAAUCCGUUAAUACUCGCAAUCACUGCGCCACUCAUUUUGGUGUUCAUUUUCCUGCGCAGUUUCUACUUAUCAACAUCUCGAGAUGUAAAACGUCUGGAAGCAACCACUCGAAGUCCGCUGUAUUCUCAUAUCUCGUCUGUAAUGCAUGGUCUGGUACUGGUCCGAGCAUUCUCGAAUCAACAAUUUGUAAUCAGUGCAUUCCAUAAAUAUCAGAUGGUUUCCGUGGAACGCAUCGUAGAUUACAGUGAAUUACCUCUUGAACCCAUUAAUGAAGGCGAGAAGCCACCUGACGAUUGGCCAUCGGAAGGGCAUCUUCAUUUCAACAAUGUGAGUUUUUUUUCCUUUGCUUUUCUCGGAUAUUUAGAUUUAUGCCACUAA